AUGACAAUCACCGUACCCUCCACUUCCGGUACUCUAUCCUAUCGUCUAGCUCAGGAGAACGACCGCCAACUGCUUCUGGACUUGCGAAAAGAAUGUGGAUGGGGAGCACCUAAGAUUCAGAAGUACUUAGGGGACCCGGACCGACCGUUCUGCAUAUUUCUGCUCGAGCGGGAAAACGGGCAAGUCGAAGAAGUAGGUAUGGGUGGAUGGUGUCUUGAUAUGCCUGAAGAUCAGGAUACAGCAAGUAGGGAGAGGCGUGUUGUAUAUCUUUCAUCACUAUUCAUCCGAAAAGCCUAUCAAGCGAACGGAUUAGGUACCCAAGCCAUCGACCUCAUGGAGAAAGCCGCUAUAGAACAGUAUGGUGCCAAGGUGAUAACGUUAGAUACGACUGCGUACCAUACAUAUGUGGACGAAGAGGGGUAUGCAGUGGAGGAUUUCAAUCAGAGAGGUAGGGCGGUACGGUGGUAUGAGAAAAGGGGUUAUACAGAAUAUAGGGAACCGAAACCAUUCUUCCCUCAUCCGACUAAGACAGAUCCGGAUCGACAUCUCCAAGCGGUAUUCAUGCGGAAAUCCGUUUCAUGA